CAUAACAUCUAUUCAGUAAUGAUAUGACACAUUACAAGUACAUCUUAACCCCCCUGGCAGUAUUCCCGAGUGUAGCUCGGGGUAAAGUUUCAGCACCACAAGCGGUAACCCCGAGCUACACUCGGGAAUACACUGCAGUGUUGCUCCGGGAUCCCUCCAGCACUUACCUUGUGCUGCGCUCCCGCGAUGUCCCCCCUGCAGCAUCCCCGGCCAUCUCUUCCGGCCGAUGCCGGCAUCUGUCUUCCGGGUUCCGUUCCCUGCAAGCGUUGGGACAUACGGGGGACAGAACCGGCGGGAAUUUAAAAAAUGUAAAAUAAAUCACAUAAUAUUACAUUCCUGUAUCAAACCAUUUCACAUACAUUUUGUCCCGAGUGCUUUGUCCGGCGCCCUGCCUGAAUUUUUACUGUUCUUUCUGCCUGGAAACUGAGAAAAGUCCAUGGCGUCCAAAAAGUGUCCCUUUAGGUCAAAAGCGGUUUUAGACCGGCUAGAGAACAGCGAUAGUAAAUUAGAACCACUUGCAGAAUUGA